AUGUUCAGCAGCAACAAGAUCUUCGCCGUGUGCAUCGCCGUCGUGGUGUUAUCCAGUGGCAUACACGCUGAGAAGGAAGUCGCCGAGACGUUUGGCCGUUAUCACAACCAUGGCUUGGGUGUGUUUGUUGGCGGCGGUGUCGGUGGAGGUGUUGGUGUCGGUGUCAACGGCGGUGUCGGUGUUGGUGUCGGUGUCAACGGCGGUGUCGGAUAUGGUGCGCCGAGUUAUGUCGGCUACGGCUACCCCGGUGUCGGCGGUGGAGUCGGCGUAGGUGUCAACGGCGGUGUCGGAUAUGGUGCGCCGAGUUAUGUCGGCUACGGCUACCCUGCGGGUACGUCAACUGGCGGUACAGCAGGUGCGUCGACUGGUGGUGCAGCGGCUGCGUCGGCAAGCGCCACAGCAAGUGCCUCUGCGAACGCUGGGGCUGGAAAUGGAGCCACGUACCGCAAGCUUCGCUCGGCGGCGUAA